GUGUUGCUGAGGCUACACACUUUUACGUUUACUCCUGUCCACUGAGUUCAUCGACAUCCUUUCUUUCCUCAAGCAACAGCAAGGACUGCCCAAGCAGCGGAAAAAGGGACAUUCCGUAUGGCAUCAGACACACUUACAUACAAAUAGGAUCGAGAUGUUACGACUGGGGAGAUUGGAAUUAUCCAAGGGAGAGCGAUUGCAAUGGUAGCACACUUUCUUGUUGCGUUCAAAAACGUCGCUAUGAAUCAUCCGGAACUACUUCGUGUGCUCAUAGAAUCAGUGACUUUGAAUCUGCUUGGAGAUCUCAGGGGAAAUCAUAUAGCGUCUAUUCUUGGAAUUGCCAAGUAUAUUCCAAUGCAAUGAAGGUUUUCCUAGAAACAUGCAACACAAUUGCACCUUUUGGAUAAGAAAUGUGAAACUCGUCAAAAACAAAUGGAAUUUGAUGAAAAGUUAA